AUGUACAUUAAGACAAAAAUCAGUGCUGGUAUACAUGGUUCAAUCGAGCAACAUGAGAAUGUCCGUGAAUUGCUAAAGGCUAUUGACGAGCAAUUCGUCACUUCAGAUAAAGCCUUGGCAAGCACCCUAAUUAUGAAGUUCACAUCCCUGAAGCUCACCGGUGUAAGAGGUGUGCGUGAACAUAUCAUGGAGAUGAGGGACAUUGUGGCUCAAUUGAAGAAACUCGAGGUAGAAAUGUCUGAAUCUUUCUUGGUGCACUUUAUUCUUAACACUCUUCCACCUCAGUAUGGACCUUUCAAAAUCUCUUACAACACACAUAAGGAUAAGUGGUCUAUCAAUGAAUUGAUGACCAUGUGUGUUCAAGAGGAAGGAAGGUUAUUGAUGGAACAAGGAGAAAGUGCCAUGCUGGUGACGCAAAGGAAAGGAAAGAAAGGAAAAUCUCAAGCUAGUCAGAAAGGGAAGCAACAAAUUCCUCCCAAAUCUGACAUUAAGAAAGACGAAAAGUGUUUUUUCUGUAAAAAGAAAGGACACGUGAAGAAGAAAUGUCUGAAAUUUCAGAAUUGGCUUGAGAAGAAAGGGUAUGCAAAACCUAAGGAAGCCAAUGACAAGUGAGCAAUUCAUCUUAUCCGGAAACAAGAUGGGCUCGCAUGUGGAAGCAAUAGGGAUAUGUUAUUUAACUUUAAAUAGUGGUUUUGUUUUAGAAUUGCAAAAGACUUUUUAUGUACCAAGUUUCUCACGAAACUUGAUUUCAGUUUCUA